AUGUCAUCACACCAAGCGCUCCAGGGGUACCUGUGGUGUGGCAUAUUUACUGGAUCAACCACACCACGGCGGAAGAGGAGGAAGGUUGCUCCGGUUACCCCGCGGUUGCCCAUACGUCUGCCAACUGUGCAGACACCUUUGCAACCCCCGCGAUUCCAGUUCCCACCGUCUGUCCAGCGCCACUUGCCCGAAGCCAUUGCAGACAUGGUCAGCGAGAGUUCCGGCGAUGACACGGGCAGCACCAACAGCGAGGGCUUUCACCUGUGGAAAGGGGUCUGCAGCAAUCAUCAGAAUCAAGUUCAAAGGGAGCGCCUGAGAACAUUCAUCGGCAAUGUUCACAUCCUUGCGCGCCACACCACCUUCUUCCUGAAGUACUACCUUGCUGAUCAUCCUCUACACGAUUUCCCGGACAUCACCGACAAGCACAUUAGUGUCAUAUUUGAGCUACUAAACAAUCCAGGCUACAACGGCAAUCCGGUCAUCGCGCAAGAGUUGCGGCCGGGUUCAAGAGUACUGUAA